CCUUCACCACCGUUCUAGGGCUUAUUGAGUUCCUUCUCGGAACCCUCUCUCCUCUCCCCCUCCGAUCGUGAAUUCACAACUUUUUUUUUUGGGGGGGAAGAGAGAGAGAGAGAGAGCGAGAAGACGACAGCGCGGAAACCAUGACGGCGCCCGAAGCUCCUGUUUGCUACGUUGGAAUCCCCCGAAAGUCCGCCGCUUUUCGUCUUAUGAAACAAAUGGGAUGGGAAGAAGGUGAGGGUCUCGGUAAAGAUAAACAAGGGAUAAAAGGAUAUGUUAGAGUCAAGAACAAACAGGACACUAAUGGAAUUGGCGUAGAAGAGGCCAAGAAAAGUUGGGGCUUUGAUACUUCCCAAUUUGACAGCAUUCUCAAGAGGUUGAAUGUGCAAGCAAAAGAGAGCAAUGAUGAAGGUACGAUUAAAAUAGAUAAGAUCAAUGAUGCACAAGAUGAAACUAAAGAAGACAAGGAACCUAAAGAAUCCAAAGUUAUAAAUAAUAUAGUUGUCAAAACUACAAGGCCUCAAGGAAGGUAUAAAAAGAGGGAGUGGAGUAAAGCUCAUCUCGGGAACUCGUCAAAUUGUCUUGAAGGAAUACUUGGUAAGAAAGUUAAGGAAUCUCGUAAGAGAACUCUGUCGGAGCCAAACUCUCCAUCUCAAAAUCUCAUUUACGUGGUUGAAGGAACAAAAAGUAAAGAAAUUCCACUAGAUUGGUGGGGAUAUAAGCUUGGAUUUGUAUCUGGAGGUGUUUUAGGAGCUGAAUCUAGAAGAAAGAAGCGUCUCUCUUGCAAUAAGAGGACUUCUUUUUGUGAAGAUGAUCAGGAGAAUCUUUAUAAUCUUGUUCAAAACAAGGCAACAUCAGGAAAACAAGGUUUGGGUAUUAAAGAUGGACCCAAGAAAAUAGCGGGUUGCUAUUUCCAAGGUAAGAAAACAUCUUUCGACGACAGCGACAAUGAAGAAUCAUCUGACAGCGACAAUGAAGAAUCAUCUGACAGCGACAAUGAAGAAUCAUCUGAAAGCGACAAUGAGGAAUCAUCUGAUUCUCAUGACGGAGAUAAUUUGGGAAUGGAGAAUAGCAACGAGCCAAAAGUGAAGCUGAAAAAGCUUUGCAAGAAGCUUCUUCGUCAAGCACCAGGGCAGAAAUUGAAGCUGAAACAACUUAAGUUUUUUCUUGAUGAGAAGGCACCAACUGCAUUGGCAAACUUUUCGUCCGAGGAAGAUGGUUUGGCUUACUUGAAACAAAAGGUUUGUUUGUGAUACUUUGCAAUAUCA